GCCGGCGACGGCCGCGGGGUGAGUUGUCGUCGCCGGCUGCGCUUGGAGGAGCCCAGGACCAGGGACCCCGGAGCCGGGAGCCGGGAGCCAGGAGCAAACCGCUGUCCGGAGCGGGCAACUGGCCGCCUGGAGCUGCUCCCGGUCCGGCGUUCAGUCUCGCGUCUGUCCGCGACGCGCCCUCCGGGGGUUCGGGCUCCCUGGAAGCUGUUGUAGCCCCAAGAUGGAUGAAGAAGGAGGAGGCGGCGGCGGAGGCGGCGGAGGCAGCGUGCCUGAUGACCUCUCAAUAGAAGAGAGAGAAGAACUUUUAAACAUUCGUCGCAGGAAAAAAGAACUUAUUGAUGAUAUUGAGAGGCUAAAAUUCGAAAUCGCAGAAGUGAUGACAGAGAUCGAUAACCUAACUUGUGUAGAGGAGAGCAAAACUACCCAGAGGAAUAAGCAAAUAGCUAUGGGAAGAAAGAAAUUCAACAUGGAUCCUAAAAAGGGAAUUCAGUUUCUUAUAGAAAAUGACCUGCUGCAGAGUACCCCAGAAGACAUAGCCCAGUUCCUUUAUAAAGGAGAAGGACUAAAUAAAACUGUAAUUGGGGACUAUCUCGGUGAAAGAGAUGAAUUUAAUAUUAAAGUUCUUCAAGCUUUUGUUGAACUCCAUGAGUUUGCUGAUCUCAACCUUGUACAAGCUUUAAGGCAGUUUCUGUGGAGUUUCAGACUUCCAGGGGAGGCUCAAAAAAUUGAUCGCAUGAUGGAAGCUUUUGCUUCACGCUACUGUCUCUGCAACCCCGGAGUCUUCCAAUCUACAGAUACAUGCUAUGUGUUGUCUUUUGCAAUCAUCAUGCUAAACACCAGCCUCCACAACCACAAUGUGAGAGAUAAACCAACAGUGGAGCGAUUUAUAUCUAUGAACCGAGGCAUUAAUGAGGGUGGGGAUCUCCCUGAGGAAUUAUUGAGGAAUUUAUAUGAAAGUAUUAAAAAUGAGCCAUUUAAAAUUCCGGAAGAUGAUGGAAAUGACUUGACACACACAUUUUUUAAUCCAGAUAGAGAAGGCUGGCUAUUGAAAUUAGGUGGAAGAGUGAAAACCUGGAAGAGACGGUGGUUCAUUUUGACAGAUAAUUGCCUCUAUUACUUUGAAUACACAACAGAUAAAGAGCCAAGAGGAAUUAUCCCUUUGGAAAAUCUUAGCAUAAGAGAAGUAGAAGAUCCCAGGAAACCUAACUGUUUUGAGCUUUAUAACCCAAGCCAUAAAGGACAGGUCAUAAAAGCCUGUAAAACAGAGGCAGAUGGCAGAGUGGUAGAAGGCAACCAUGUUGUAUACAGAAUAUCUGCUCCAACUCCAGAAGAGAAGGAAGAGUGGAUCAAGUCAAUCAAAGCAAGUAUCAGCAAAGAUCCCUUUUACGAUAUGCUGGCAACAAGGAAAAGAAGAAUUGCUAAUAAAAAAUAGCACUCUGCUGUUUGGGCAGUUCUAUAUUAAGUGGAGCAUGAAAUCGAGAAUACAAACAGGUAAAAUUUUAAAAACUUAUCAAAGAGCACUCCCACCUCUACAGUUGGAGUACAGAUGAUGCAGAAAACCUUCCACAAGAUACUCACCAGGAGACAAGUACUUUAAAUAGAAUACUGCAGACAACUUCCCAAGGAUGAAUGUAUGGGAAAUUAAUGAACAGAAGACAUGGAAGCCUUAUGUAUGCUUUGGAUUUUCUAUAACCUGGAGAAAAUAAUCAGGCUGAUAAACAUGAAAUAUUUAUCCCUUCCUGCUUAUUGAGCAUAUUGCCCAGGUUGGGAGAUGUUAGAAAAUACUGUUCUUAUGAUUUUUAGCCAGUAUGAAUUCUUUGUAAUCCAGCCACCAGAACUGGUGUGAUCCAGAACUUGUUUUCUCUAUGUGAAGACCUUCUUCAUGCCAAUUGUACAACACAUGACCAUUAGCGGCAACGCAAAUCAUUCCAAAUUCAAUUGUUUGAUAAAAAAAAGCCACCACUUUUUUUAUUUAGAACUUUUUUCCUCUGAUAUAUAGGAAUAUAGCUUUUAUAUACCUUUUUAUAUUCUGAAAUUAUACUGAAAUAAACUUUUACUUUCUAACAAUAGUAUUUUUAGAAUGGCAGCUAUAAAUUUAAUUUAACUCCUGGGCACAAGUACAAUGUGCCCUGAAAAUAUGCAGCUCCCAAAGGUAAGGGCUUUGGAAAAGAAAAAAAAAAAUGAGUUUAAGUGGUAGGUGUAGACAAUUGAGGUCGUGUCUUACUAUGCUUACUGCUGCCAUAGAGACAGAAUUAGAUGAAGUGUAAGGUAAAAGGCAGUAUUAUCCUUUUAUCAAGAUAAUUUGACAAGGACUAGAAUCCUGUGGGGAUAGCUAGGUAUAUAGAAUAUAGAAGAAAGAGGUAUCCAGGAAUCUUUUAAAGAAAAUUUUUAGUAUUUUUAUGGGGGGAAAGUCUUCCUUAAUAGUGUCUAAAUCUCUCAGAUCAAAAAAAAAAAUUAUUUGGCUUUAAUUUGCCCCAGGAAUUAAGCAUUAAAGCUAGUAACUGUAAACAACACAGAGGUGAGAUAGAAGAGGGAACUUUUCCCUUUCUAACCUUAGCUGAGAAGGUGCCUUAUACUUUUAUGUGGCAUUUUUAGCCCCACAAGUGUUUUCUAAAAAACAAUUUAUCAAUGUUAAGGACAUGUACCCUGGGGUGUUGAUACUGUAAUUGCUGAUUGUCAGAAGAGGGAAAUCCUCCAAACAGAAACAUGUUAUACAUGUAUUUGACUGGCCAUAGGGAGCAUAUUCUCUGCUAUCUGCACUACAAAACCAUACGGUGAAACAGAGUAUUGCAUUUAUUCCGUGACCUUAUAAGGAUAUAACCAAAUUCCUUAAUAGAAUGAGCUAGAAGUAAUUUGUGAACCCUCUUUCUUCUUGCAACACACCUUUAGGCAUGUUUUAAGAUAGUUAAUAUUCCAUCAUAAGAGGGAUAACUCAAACUAUGGGGCAAAUACAUAAUUUAAAAAUAUACAUUGUUUUGGAUUUUCUUAAUUGCAUGGCACUGAGAUUUGUUUUAAACAGUUCAAAUUACAAGUGCAUCGGCUAUGUAAAUGGAACUUUGGAAGUUCCUUAGUACAGAGUUUUUAGAGCACUUAAUACUCAGUCCCAAUAUAGCACAGAUGAUCAUCACAGAAAAAUAGUAGAGGCAAAGGAGUGUGUGUAUGUGUAGGGAUAUUUUAGCCUGGAAUCAAAUAGAAAAUCUAAAAUAUCAAAGCCGAGGAAAUGCAAAAUAAGUUAAAAGGCUACAGCAGUCAGAGUUCUAGGACUGAGCCAGUUAAAAGAUCUUUGCUAACCCAAUUUUAUUUCCAUAACUAUAUGAUUUAGGUGUGGGACAGAUUGUUCUCCAUAGGACUCCCUCUACAAAUAUGACUAUGUUGAUUUGGUAUUAGAAGAUGACGCUGUUCUUGGUGUUAUUUCUACCUUCACAAAUGAAAAUUAGAAAGCAGGUAUCUUCUCCAACCAGAAAACUUACUAAAUUUGUCUCACCUGCAAAGGCUAUGUGAUUCAGGUGCAGCGCGAAGAUAGAGUAUAGAUAGAUUUUGCAGUAGGAAGUAACUAAAACCAAGUCACAGAAAACCUCACAUUUCAAUUUCACUUUUUAUGCCUUUGUUAAACUCAAAAAGGCAGAAGUCAUCACUGAUGUCAGCUAGAUGUUCAUAAUGCUGAGAGUUGGUGAUUGUGCGGGGGCACUGAUCUAGAUCAGGCCAUUAAAAGGUAGAGAUGCGAUAUGGAACAGAUGUCAUCCAAAGGUAUCUGAAAUCACUAUUGCUAUUCAUUAAUCAGUCGAUUUGAUUUGUUCCUGGGCUUUGGGGCCUCUUAAAUGGUACCAUAAACAUAUAGCAAAUUUUACUUUUGGUUUUGAGAAAAGACAGUGGUACCUCCCUCAGAUAUCCCUCAGUAGUGCACGUGCAGCUUUGGGUUUCAGCUUUCCAUGAAAGAGCCUCAUGGACUAUACCAGACCAAACGUUGCUAAUGGAGAUUGAUUAUAGAAACACUAAACAUUGAUUAUAGAAACUAUAGAAGCCUAGGAUUGGGUGAUCUCAUCCACAACAGCAGUCUAAUGGCUCAUUUUCCUGAAAACCAUGAGCACUUCCUUAAUUUUCCAUGUUUUCUCUCUCCUUACUUCUUAGAACGAUUCUUUUAAAUAAGUCCUUGGUGCAGGGGUGGGCAGGUAUCUUUCUGGUUUUGACCUCACAACCAUAUUGGUGAAGCAGCAUGAAGGAAAUGCCUUAUGAAAGUAAAUGUGUUCUUUUGCCAUAGUAGUUUGUAAAAGAACUUUACCUAUGUGGAUGUUUACAUGGAAAAUUAUAGUAACUUAUAUAACUAAAAUUAUGUUGUGAUAGCAAAAAAGUAGCAGAUUUCUCUGCAUUAAAAAAAAAAAUCAAACUGUGGUUAGCUUAUUUCUCUCCUUGACCCCACCAGCAUUUGAGUGUGGGCAACAAGACUGUGUUGUACUUAUAAUUUUUUAAUUUGCCACCAAAGGUAUUCUAUUGUUUUAAAUUAAUUUUGAACAUUGUGACAGUAUUAGCAGGGAUGGAAAUAAGGCCAACAUUUCCACUAAGCCAUCAAUUAGGCUUCUCAAGGAGCAAAGCACCUCAGUGUCUACAGGGGAAAAGUAGCUGGAAACCUGGGCCAGAUAAACUAUUGUUCACAGAAGGGUGAGGACCCCUUCCCCAGCACCUGGAGCUCAUCUCACAGGCUCUGGCUGGAGAGCCUGUGUAAGACAAAACAGCCUCUUUCCCUGUGAGGUGCCAUGACUAAUUUUUUUUUUUUUGCCUGAUCCCAGGGAAGCAGUGAAGUGUUUUCCCUGUCCCCUCCAUCCCAAGAUUCAAUCUUCCUCCUCUCCCAGUUGCUUUUAGGGCUUGCAUUUUGCCCCAACUUCUGGCCAAAGACUGAAAACUUUCUUCAGGGACAAUAAGGAGGGUGGGGUAGUGUGGACACAGCCAGGGACACUCAUUCUAGGUAAGCUGCUUCCGUUGCACUUCUCAUCCCUGUAAUCUCUCCCUUCCCCCCCCCCCCAAACCAAGUUUGGCUGUGGUUAUAAACAGAUCUCAACCCAGGGAACAGUGUAAUUUAGAAAGCUUUUCUCUUAAGCUCAGCUGGACUGACUACAGUGCAAAGUAACCUAGCUCUCCUCAAAGGUCACAAACUUUUUUGAGCAGUUUAACAUGUGUGGUACCAAACUGGGUCAAAAUAGAAGUUAUUUAUAGAUGGAGCAGCAUUUCAUGCUUCAUAUAAAGCAAUGCAUAUUUUUAAAGUUAUAAUUGCAUAUAUCUAAAUAGAUAUGCUUGCUGAGAAGUUAGGUCUGUUGUAGACCAGAAGCUACAGUUAUCAUUUGUGAAUUAUCAGUUUCUUAUAUUUUCUUGGAAAACAUUUCUAUUUACAAUUAAAUAUAAAGUUAAUUUGUAAAUAAUGUACAGAUAUGUAUUGAAUUUUGAAGUGUUCGUUACUCUGUACAACCACAAUUUGCAUGAAGAAACAUUCUUUAUCUAUUCAUAUUUUGCUGUAAAGUGGAUAGGAUUGUUAUAUGGAUGUAAAACUCUAUUGCAAAUAUUGUGUUCACUUACAAUAAAAGUCAAAAGUGUUGUUAGACAAACACAAGUGUCUA